AUCCUGUUAAAGUGAGCUUAGGAAUUGUGGAACAAUUAAACUUGGGUUAUUGGAGUGAAUUAUUUGCUGAUUUUCCAAGUGUGCGGCGUUUGGCAAAUACAUGUAUGCUCUUUAUCUCAUAAAGAACAUCAGAAAAUCGUUGUAAGACAGAGCAAUCAGAACAAUAUUUUUGUAUAAAAAACCCUUUUUGUCUGAGGCAAAUCGAAACCUUCUAUCAUGGCAGAAAAUCCUACAUUGCCCGGAUCUGAAACAACAAUGUUGUCGCCACGAAUUAUCAUUGAAGCUGGUCCUUAUUACUAUAAUGUAUUUCGUGAAAAAUUAGAUAUUCUAAAAACCUCAGUUUGCGAGGCAGCAGAACAAGGGUACAGUGUUUUGCAAUCGGAGUCAGGAACUGCAGUGGAUGCUGUUGAAAAAGCAGUUUGUUAUCUUGAAAAUAAUAAAUAUUUCAAUGCUGGUUAUGGCUCACUACUAAACAAUGAUGGAGACAUUGAAUGUGAUGCAAUGAUUAUGAAUGGUCAUACAAUGGACUCAGGUGCAGUUGUGGGUGUUUGUCAUUUCAAAAACCCCGUGUCUCUUGCAAGGAAGGUAAUGGAAAAAUCUCAUCACUGCGUAUUAUCAGGCAACGGAGCUUUAGCUUUUGCUGAGAGAAUAAAUUUUGAAAGUUGUGAUCCUGAGGAUCUGAAAGAUGACGAAACAAGCAAGAAAUUAAUAAAUUGUUAUAAAGAUUUCGAUAAGAUUGUUGACUGUCAGUUAGGAGGAAGACCAGUGUCGGAAAACUCUUGGUUGAACAAUGAACAAUUUGAUACUAUCGCAGCAGUUGCUAUGGAUAAAAAAGGUCAUUUCGCUUGCGCCACAUCUACAGGUGGUAUUCCAGGAAGACUAAAAGGAAGAGUAAGUGAUGCUCCGUUGGUUGGAUGCGGUGGUUACGCAAAUGAAUAUGGUGCUGCAGCAACUGGUGGUUUUGGAGAAGCUGUAAUAAAAAUGACCUUAGCUAGACAAGUUAUUUUCAAUAUGGAAAUUGGACAGAAUGCGCAGGAGUCUGCUGAUAAUGCAGUAAAGAGAAUGGAGCAACGUCUAGCGAAAGGUUACGGUUCCGCCAUUGCAAUUGAUAAAAAUGGUAAUUUUGGUCGGGCAACCAGUUCAGCAUCAACACUUUGGGCAACAAUGAACGAUGAUGCUUUACGAUCUGGUUAUGAAACUAAACGCACAUUUCUUUUCAAAAAUUAAUCCAAAUUUUAUUAUGUGUUAUAACAUUAUCAUUAUAUCAUGUCAAAUACAUAAGAAAUAUCAUUAUAUAUAGUAUAAAGAUUUCUUAUGCAAUAAGUUGUAUAAAUCUAUUUACCGUCCCAUUAAAGAAAGCUUUAAAAUAAACUCUAAAUACUAAACGUUCAA